AUGCAGAUGAGUUUGGAGAACCGGACUGCAGCUGCAGAUGUUCUGCUCCUGGAGGCCUUGAAGGUUUCUCCUCAGUCCUCCAUCGCCGCCUUCCUCCUCCUCCUCCUCAUCUACGUCUUCAUCAUGGUGUCCAACGUGGGCCUGGUGGUUCUGAUCUUCUGCAGCAGGAGCCUCCAGCAGCCGAUGUACCUUCUGCUCUGCAACAUGAGCGUCAACGACGUGUUCGGGGCGACCGUCAUGGUUCCUCACAUCCUCAAAGACCUGCUGGUGUCCAACCCCCAGCGCUACAUCCACUACAUCGACUGUGCGGUUCAGGCCUUCUGCGUCCACCUCCACGCCAGCGUCUCCCACACGGUGCUCAUCAUCAUGGCCUUCGACCGCUACGUCGCCAUCUGCAGCCCGCUGCGAUACGCCGCCAUCAUGACCAACAGGACGGUGGCGAAGCUGUCGGUGGCGGCGUGGGGGUCGGCCUUGGCUCUGGUGGCCAUCCUGGUGGGCCUCAGCGUCCGGCUGUCGCGCUGCAGGCAGCUCGUCUCCAACUUGUUCUGCGACAACGCUUCGCUCUUCAAACUGUCCUGCGAGAACCUGCUCAUCAACAACAUCUACGGCCUGGGCUACACCGUGGUUCUGCUCGGCUCCUCCAUCGGCAGCGUGGCGCUCACCUACCUGAGGAUCGCCGUGGUCUGUCUGAGCAGCAAGAACCAGGCGCUGAACCACCGGGCGCUGCAGACCUGCGCCACCCACCUGGCCGUCUACGCCAUCCUGCUGCUGUCGGGCUUCUUGAUCGUGAUUCUGCACCGGUUCCCUCAACUGUCGGACCACAGGAAGGUGGCGUCGGUUCUGGGUCACGUGGCUUUACCGGCUCUCAACACUCUGAUCUACGGGCUGCAGAUUAAAGAGGUCCGACAAAAGAUCGCAGCUGCGUUCCACAAAAAUAAAGUUUCUUCACCCUGA